ACCAGGCGGACUCCCCUGGGGGUCGCGCGGGCUCAGAGACCUCCCCGCGUCGUCUGGGCGGGUACUGGGAGUCCGCAGGCCGGCGGCCGGCAGGCGGGCGGCGCUGCGGGGCGGGCCGAGCUGGGGGCGGGAGGGGGCCGGAGCCCUGGCCUAGGUCCCAGGGGGCGGUGCCGCGGCGCGAACGGCCGGGGUCCCUCCCAGGCCGGAGCAGAAUCGGCGGCGCCCUGGGCGGCCGCGGAGUCAUGGACUGCAGUGGACCCUUCAGCUGCCCCAUCUGCCUAGAGCCGCUCCGGGAGCCGGUGACGCUGCCCUGCGGCCACAACUUCUGUCUCGCCUGCCUGGGCGCACUCUGGCCGCAUCGUGGCGCGAGUGGCGCGGGCGGACCCGGAGGCGCGGCCCGCUGCCCGCUGUGCCAGGAGCCCUUCCCCGACGGCCUUCAGCUCCGCAAGAACCACACGCUGUCCGAGCUGCUGCAGCUCCGCCAGGGCUCGGGCCCCGGGCCCGGCCCCGGCCCGGCCCCUGCCCCGGCGCCGGAGCCCUCGGCACCCAGUGCGCCGCCCAGCGCCCCGGAGCCGUCGGCCCCCUGCGCUCCCGAGUCGUGGCCCGCGGGCGAAGAGCCAGUGCGCUGCGACGCGUGCCCCGAGGGCGCGGCCCUGCCUGCCGCGCUGUCCUGCCUCUCCUGCCUCGCCUCCUUUUGCCCCGCUCACCUGGGCCCGCACGAGCGCAGCCCCGCGCUCCGCGGACACCGCCUGGUGCCGCCGCUGCGCCGGCUAGAGGAGAGCCUGUGCCCGCGCCACCUGCGGCCGCUCGAGCGCUACUGCCGCGCGGAGCGCGUGUGUCUGUGCGAGGCCUGCGCCGCCCAGGAGCACCGCGGCCACGAGCUGGUGCCGCUGGAGCAGGAGCGCGCGCUUCAGGAGGCUGAGCAGCCCAAAGUCCUGAGCGCCGUGGAGGACCGCAUGGAUGAGCUGGGUGCUGGCAUUGCACAGUCCAGGCGCACGGUGGCCCUCAUCAAGAGUGCAGCCGUGGCGGAGCGAGAGAGGGUGAGCCGGCUGUUUGCAGAGGCUGCGGCCGCCCUGCAGGGCUUCCAGACCCAGGUGCUGGGCUUCAUCGAGGAGGGGGAAGCUGCUAUGCUAGGCAGCUCCCAGGGUGACCUGCGGCGACAGGAGGAACAGCGCAGCCGCCUGAGCCGAGCCCGCCAGAAUCUCAGCCAGGUCCCCGAAGCCGACUCAGUCAGCUUCCUGCAGGAGCUGCUGGCACUAAGGCUGGCCCUGGAGGAUGGGUGUAGCCCUGGGCCUGGACCCCCGAGGGAGCUCAGCUUCACCAAAUCAUCCCAAGCUGUCCGUGCAGUGAGAGACAUGCUGGCCGUGGCCUGUGUCAACCAGUGGGAGCAGCUGAGGGGGCUGGGUGGCAACGAGGAUGGGCCACAGAAGCUGGAAGCUGAUGCUGAGCCCCAGGACCUCGACAACACGAACCUCUUGGAGAGUGAAGCUCCCAGGGACUAUUUCCUCAAGUUUGCCUACAUCGUGGAUUUGGACAGUGACACGGCAGACAAGUUCCUGCAGCUGUUUGGAACCAAAGGUGUCAAGAGGGUGCUGUGUCCUAUCAACUACCCCGAGUCGCCCACCCGCUUCACCCAUUGUGAGCAGGUGCUGGGCGAGGGUGCCCUGGACCGAGGCACCUACUACUGGGAGGUGGAGAUUAUUGAGGGCUGGGUCAGCGUGGGGGUCAUGGACGAAGACUUCUCCCCACAAGAGCCCUACGACCGCGGCCGGCUGGGCCGCAACGCCCACUCCUGCUGCCUGCAGUGGAACGGACGCAGCUUCUCCGUCUGGUUUCAUGGGCUGGAGGCUCCCCUGCCCCACCCCUUCUCGCCCACUGUCGGGGUCUGCCUGGAAUACGCCGACCGUGCCUUGGCCUUCUAUGCCGUGCGGGACGGCAAGAUGAGCCUCCUGCGGAGGCUGAAGGCCUCUCGGCCCCGCCGGGGUGGCAUCCCGGCCUCCCCCACUGACCCCUUCCAGAGCCGCCUGGACAGUCACUUUGCGGGGCUCUUCACCCACAGGCUCAAGCCUGCCUUCUUCCUGGAGAGUGUGGACGCCCACCUGCAGAUCGGGCCCCUCAAGAAGUCCUGCAUAUCUGUGCUGAAGAGGAGGUGAUGCCGGGCACGGGCACUCCUGCUGCGGUCUCUGCUCCAGGAAGCUGCCUCCUCUGGGCCCUCUCCUUCGUCUGGGGAAGGCACCAGCAUGAGUCCCACACACCCAGCCUUCUUAUUUCUAGAGGCUUCCACCUUUUAUACACUCAGCCUUCCCUCUGCCAGGCAGGAGGACCCCCAGACCCUGUUCCCCUGCAGACUUCGCUUCUGGGAGACAGAGCUACAGCUGGGACAGCUCCAAGCUACCCUGACUCCUCCUCUUCCAGGUUUCUAGAACAGUGUCUGGCAUGUAGUAGAUGCUCAAUAAACACUUGUUGAAUGAA